ACAGUUGGCAGUAUGGCAUUUUGGUUUUUUCUAGAAAGAUAAUGAAUUCUGGGUAGAAUAACGUGUACGACGCAUCAUAAUACCUUCCACGAGAAUAAAGUGUACUUAGGGCCGAUAAUUAAAGGGAGUGACGAUGAUAGUAUCGAGUGAAUGAUUAUACCGCAUUGGAAAAAAGUGAAAACCGUUUGUCCCUUGAUAUUCAGGAGUGAACACUAGCGUUGGAAUUGUCAUCGGUUGGACACGGUAAGUGAAGUAGAGAAAAUCUUCAGGGAAAUCGUUGCAGCUGAUUUUUAUCUCCACCCAAGCCCCAAGAUGAUCGAUCUUACGGUGAAGACCUUGGAUUCCCAGAAUCAUACCUUCUCAUUGAACGACGAUAUCACAGUCAGACAAUUCAAAGAACAUAUAGCAGAGACUGUCAGUAUUCCAGCUGACCUUCAGAGAUUGAUUUAUUGUGGUCGUGUGCUGCAAGAUGAAAAAAAUCUCAACGAAUACGACGUGAAUGGCAAGGUGAUCCAUCUGGUCCAGCGUGCCCCCCCAUCCCUGAACCAGAGGUCCAACAACGCCGGUCAAAAUAACUCUCACAGCCAGAGUACCUCGGGUGCCACCUGGGAUUCAGCUCCCAGGCUUCACUACCGUCAAACCCAGUUCCAUGGAAAUCCCCUGUACGUGGGAUCACUAUCACUUCCAGCUGACAUUCUCGAUCUUCAGGACGAGGAAUUGCCGAUUUUGCGUGGGGUUGUAGCCAGCAGCCACUUGGGACUGAUUAGUCGUAUGCUGGAUCAGGCCAAUCGAGUUAUCGACCGCUUGGAGAACGCUAGUGACACCUCUGACGAAGCUACCACACCUCAAACAUCUGCUCCACGUGACGGAGCAACUGCCGAAUCCACCCCGACCCCAGCGGAGGAGCCACAGGAGCCAUCGAUUCAGAUUGAGGACGAGCCUGAACAAGCGACGAGUGCCGACGACAUUUUAAACGACGCUCUCGUCCCCCCUCAGCUCGCCGGUCUCCUGGAAAAACUCUUCGCAACUCAGGAUCGCCUGAGGCCGUACAUAAGAGAUAGAAUGAUGUCAUCAAACUCCUCAUCAGCUGAGGAGAACCAGCGUCUAAUAGACGGUGUCUUCGAGUGUUUUCACUUCCUCUCUCAUGCUGAGCAUGCCCUUAGCAACUUCAACAUCGACAUGUCAGAGGCGCACCCCCGACCCCUCCGCUGUCGUCCCAGGAACAUCAGACCCCCAGCAAUAGUCCAAGCUGGAAUGCCAAUCCAAGUCGAGGCUCACAUAAGUCUCCACGGCCAAACCGAUAACAAUAACACCGAUAACGAUACACCCCCAACCCAGCCCCCUCAACCAUCAACCACCACCACUGAGGCAACAGGUUCAUCAACGCAGACAUCCCAGCCACGGGCUAAUCCAGAACGUUCAGGACAAUCAACGUCUCCAUUUGCUCCACUCUUCAAUUUUCCCAACAACGUCGAAGUCGUCAUGGAAAUGGCCCCACAAUCUCAACGAAUCUGGAGCUUCUCGUCUGAAUCACGACCUCGAUCCACCAACAACAAUAAUAAUAACAACACAAAUAACAAUAACAACACUUCCAGUCCAGGUGGUCCGACCGCUGGAUUUCCCUGGGGAACACCAGCUCCUGAAGUUAUUAGACAUCUCAUGCAAGCAGUUGCUGGUUACGUAGCACAAACUGGAGUUUCAGGGCCAUCCCCAUCAACAACAACAACAUCAUCAACUUCUGCAUCAUCAACACCAUCAGCUGGUUGUCCUCGUAAUCGUUCCAGAACAGGUACUGGUGAAUCGGCAAGCUCACAGCCACGAGGUAAUACAGACACGCAUCCAACCACUUCAACUCAGACAAGAACAACGUCCAGGACUCAUGUUCUUCAGCAUGCACAAGCACUUGGUGUUGGUAUUGAUGUUGCUGAUAACUUUGAAUUCGAUCCAUUUUUGCCCUGCACAUCUCAGCACGUACGUCGUCAACCUGCUCAAACCAGCACAGCUGCAUCAACACAGACUGGUGGAGCCAGUGGUACUGGAGAUGCUGCUGGGCAAACUCCAGCUGCUGGAUCAGUCGGUGAAGUCCGUGGUCCCAGAUUUGCCACGAUUACUGGACGGCAAUUCGUGAAUACCACCCCUAUUCGUAUAUCAUUAGCAGAGACCAUUACCAAUUUGAGAUACGCACGUCGUCCUGUAUCUUUUCACACUGCUUUAGCCAAUAGGGAUGUUGUCUUGGAUGCGCAGUUACCUCAGGGCAGGGAGAGUGAACGACCUACUCAUAUUAGUGUGUACAGAGUACUUUCAAAAUUAUCAGUUGGCGAUUGGUACAGAAUUAUUGAGGGAAAUUACACUUCACUGACUCUUCAAGUUCAGAAGGAAUUGCGUGAUGCGCUUCAAGAGGGCAAUCCAUCGGUUCCUGAGGCGGAUUUGCCUAAUCGAAUUACUGAGAGGGUUAUUCGGGAGCUGAAGCCCCAUCUGCAUGUUUUUGACUCGCUUGAUGCCAGGGAUGAACAGGGAGCUGAUAUCGGUGUGAGGGAGACGAUCGAGAACAUUCUGAACGUUCACAUUGGGGAAAUCGUGAGAUGUAUAUUCACUAAUUACGAUCUAGAUGCAGUAUUCGCUAGCGCUAUCGUCGGACGCAUAAAAAAAAUGGCCAAUACCCUGAUUGGAGUCGGCCGUCUGGUAUCGAGGAGGCGUCAAUUGGGAGUUGAGCUAUGCAUGCAAAUGUUUGCAAUUCAUAUGGGUCGUGACACACCUCGAAUCUUUCGUGACUGGAUUUUGGAGACAGUAGUGAGCUGGCUUCGUGAGUAUUCACGAGCAGUGCAGCCUCUCCCAGCGGAAGAACUGAAAAAAUUUUUCGGUUACAAGAAUUUGCCCGCAAUGAACUCUACACCAUCUCCAUCGGAGCCAGCAGCAAGCCAGGCAACUUCAACAAUGUCAUCAGCCCCAGCAGCAUCCCAAUCCCCCCCUCAAUCAGUACCCGAGCCAAUGGAGACUGAUUUAGGUCCAGAUCCACUGAUGCUGGAUGACAAUGAGGAAGUAUCAACGACAUUCCCAGGCCAUGACAAUCUUAUGCCUGAUUGGGUACCAAUAAUAGCUCGUGAUGGAGCUAGACAGAGGAGGCAACUCCAGCUUGGACUAUCUGGUGGUAGUGUUACCUCACUAAGUGAUGCGUACUUGGCAACAAUGCCCAGUAAACGAAGAAAAUUGGUGGAGCAACAGAAGCCAACGCUAUUAGCAAGUCCGACGUCUAAUAGUUCAGUAAUACCAGCCUCUAUGGAACGUUUGAUAAGAGACAGUGUUGGACGAGCUGGAGUAGAGGAAAUUGAUGGUGCAGCUGCUGCUGUUGCAUCUGAUUCAACUGCCAGACGUGCAUUUGGUGAGGCUAUCAGGGAAUGCCUUCAUCCAAACAGAUAUCAAAGCCCUGAUUUUCCAGAUCCUCUCAGAUUUCCAAAUGCUACGAAAUUCUUCAGCGAUAAAGAUAGACGUGAUAAACAAUAGGACAUUCGCAUAUUUAAUAUUCUUGUAAUGAAAAACUUUAUUAUAUCAAAAUCGAUAAUUUAAUAACUAUUCUUUCUGUCAUACUUAUUGUAUUUUGAUCAUGUUCAAUAUCUUACGCACUAAGGCGUAUUAAUUAAAUUACUGUAACGGUG